UAAAACGCAAAAUAAAGUCCAACAACACAUUAAUUUAUUCAACUUCUCUACUGUCGUCUCUUUCCAGUCUCGAUCUGCUGCUUCUCUCAAGGCUGCAGUAUUUGUUUUGUUAUAAGAGAAAGGCAUGGCUGCAGACGCUACUUCUAGUGUAUAUUCCCAGAAUCUUAAAGGGGACCUCAAUGCACCCUACAUCAAUGCCGAGAAUGUGCAGAGUAAUAUGAAAGUCAUAUAUUACAGCCGGACAUUUAUGUCAAUAGUAGGAGGAAUCAUUGCUGGGAUUCUUGGAUUUACAGGACUAACUGGGUUUAUCUUCUACUUUCUGGUGAUGGCGGUAACUUCAGUGGGACUUACAGCCAAGGCAAAAUUCUCAAUUCAUUCUUACUUUGAUAGCUGGAAUCGCAUUUUGCUUGAUGGCUUCUUAGGUGGCCUUAUGUCGUUCGUGCUGUUUUGGACAUUUGCCUAUGACAUUGUGCACAUCUUUUGAUGGACUAUAUCCUACAAGACUAAGGGCCGCUGCUGCUGCUGCUUCUGCUUCACAUGCAGCCCCAAUCUGCUUCCAUAUUCAGAAAUUUUAAUGGAGCUCGCACUUUCUUUCAGCAGAUGUCAUUUCCAGUUUACUAUGAUAUUCUAGCUCAAUUUUGACUUUGCUAGUCUUUUUGUUUGAGGAACUUCCAACUUAUGAAGUUUCGGUUAUAUUUGUUUUUUAUGUAGACAGAUAACUUGAGCAGAAAAGCUCAACACAUGUUUCACUCAUUUUAGAAGAAUCAUAGACAAAAAGUAACGUUAUAUUCUAUUUUUCUUGUUAUGUAUGUAAUAUUAUAUUUUAAGAGGAAAUUUAGGUGCAGUUUCUUACCAUUUCCUCUGGAUUGAUUU